AUGGCCGAUAAGGUCCAAGACGUCGAAGCUGCGUUGCAAACUAUCAGUCAGGCGCCUAUUGAAAUGCUGCUUGUGAAUAUUCGCCAGCUUUGCGAAGCGAACUCUGCGAUCGCAAAGGCAAUUUGUUCUCUAAGCUUAAGUUUUUACGAAGAGACUGGGCAAUUCAAACCCCAGUUUGACAGUAUAGGCAACUGCGCUAGUGCUCAGGCUAAGCCUCCACCCAUUUCGGAAAUCAACAACACGCAAGGCAGUGACCAGGUAACGCUGCACCAGUACAGGUCUAGACAUGGCUUACCGGAGCAUGCAGUUGUGAGGCUUGCACAGUACUGGAUUAAGAAGAGACUAGCGGGAACUAGUCUACUUAAUAUUGUAGAUGAAAAUAGGGUGUUAGAUGAUCUCCGCAAAGCUGUAGUUUCAAGUACUCCUGUAUUUUUAGCACUGAUAAGAAGUAUGAAGAAGAGGAGGUCCGCUACCAGCUCGCGACGCUAA